CCUCUCCCUCUCUCUCCCCCUCCUCUCUCCCUCUCUCUCUCUCAGUAGGCGGCCGCCCGCGACAAACAACCGACCCGCACACCGGCACCGGAACCGGACCGGGGACACACGGGAGGAAGGACACCGGGAGGAAAGAUGACGGAACGCAGUCAGACCCACGUGAUCCUGCUGUCCUGCGGCAGUUUCAACCCCAUCACCAAGGGACACAUCCACAUGUUCGAGAAAGCCAGAGAGUACCUGCACACGACGGGUCGCUUCAUCGUGAUCGGAGGAAUCAUCUCACCGGUCCACGACUCCUACGGAAAACCUGGUUUGGUUCCCAGCAGACAUCGUCUCACCAUGUGUCAGCUGGCCGUGCAGUCCUCUGAUUGGAUCAGGGUGGACCCUUGGGAGAGUUACCAGGACACCUGGCAGACAACCUGCAGCGUUCUGGAGCACCACCGUGACCUGAUGAAGAGAGUCACCGGCUGCAUUCUGUCCAACGUCAACACGCCAUCGAUGACUCCUGUGAUUGGUCAGCCACAGAACCAGACGCCCCCCGUCUACCAGGACCACGGCAACAUCAAUCACAAGCCGUCAGCCCUCAAGCUGUGGGGGAAGGUCAGCGAGAGCUUCGGAAAGAUCUGCUGCGUCCGUCCUCACAUCGAACGCUUUACCUUCGUCGAUGAAAACGCUAACCUGGGGACGGCCAUGAGGUACGAGGAGAUCGAGUUACGCAUCUUGCUCCUGUGUGGAAGUGAUCUCCUGGAGUCCUUCUGCAUCCCUGGUCUGUGGAAGGACAGUGAUAUGGAGGUGAUUGUGGGGGAUUUCGGAAUGGUCGUGGUUCCUCGUGACGGAGCCGACACGGAGAGGAUCAUGAACCACUCAUCUGUCCUCCGCAAGUUCAAGGACAACAUCACUGUGGUGAAGGACGGCAUGAGCCACCCGAUGUCCAUGGUCAGCUCCACCAAGAGCAGACUGGCCCUGCAGCACGGUGACGGCCAUGUUGUGGACUACCUGAGUCAGCCCGUCAUCGACUACAUCCUGCAGAGUCAGCUGUACAUCAACGCCUCCGGCUAGAGACCACAACCUGCAUGAGAACAGGGAGUGUGAAGGGGGAGGGGCUACCUAUGACAUCACCUAUAUAAAUAUAACAACCCUCCCACUCCCAACACCAAAACGUCCUUCUCUUUCUUCUAUGUCAAACAUGCACUCUUCUGUGUGGAGCAUUCUGUCUGUGUCAUGUGACGUCACCAUCAGGGGGGUCAUGUUGGGGGGGGGUGUCAUGAGGUAAACUCGGAGGGCUGCAGACGUAUUAGAGGCGUAUUGCUCCACCGACAGUGAAGGCAGCGUUUCCCCACUAUGUUCUGUCUUUGUUGUUCGGAGGUGCAUGCUAAGUGUUCCUGGGGCAGGUGGGUGGAAAAAACGUGCCAGAACCGGGUUAGUGUUUCGCUAAAAAGGGAGCGGGGUGAUGUCCAGAGAGUCUCCAAUUACUUCCUCGUAUCAAUAAUAUUGUUUCUGAAUGGUGGUCCCCCUCCCUCAUUUUUCUAUCAUGUCUUAACUCAAACUACAAAUAUAGAUAAUCAAGAAAGUAAGAAAACACCUUAUCUAAUUAACUUUUUAUAAUUGCUGAUAUACCAUUUAAUGUGACGUGUGUUUGCCGUCUUGGUCACUUCACAUAAUUUGUUCACGACGCGUAAAAAUCGCUUUUUGGCUUUAACUCCAAAAAGACAUCUCUGCCUCGUAGCUACACAGAUGCUAACAUGCUAACAGAAGACACGAUCACAAUAAGUACGCAAACGAGCGUGAAGCCGUUGUGGCGCGCAACCUUUCGAGAAAAUCAACGUGACCUUGGCGACACACACAGUUUGACCUCCGACCUAAAAAGUCGCACAAUGAAACCCACGGGAAGAUUUAACUGCCGCCCCACAUCUUGAGACUUUACGGCGCCAGAAGUCAGUUGACAGGACAACGGUUAACUUUUGCAAAACAAAUCCUCAACAGCAGUGUGUUGUUGUCCGCUGUUUAUUUCUUGUUCACGUGCUCCUGUUGGCUCUUCUUACCGUAGACUGCAUGCUUAGACAUGUUUGGAUCUGGCAUGAACGUUCCUUACUUAGUAAAAUGUCAUGGUGUGAGCUGAAAACAAACAAAAAAAUAUAAUAUAUAUUUAUUUAUUCAUGUAUAAAUGUGUGUGUGUGUAUGUGUAUGUGUUUAUUUCGGGUCACUUUCUGUUGACCCAUGUAGCUAUAAAAUAAAUCUUGUUUUCUGUAUUAA